GCGGGAGCGCACGGGGCUGAGGCGGCGGCGGCCAGGGGCCGGGCGGCGGAGCGAGAGGGGGGCUGAAGGGGCUCCCCCCGCGGGACGGGCGCGGGGACGGCUCCGGGGGGCGGGGGCCGGGGCCCGGGCCGGCUCGCGCGGGGGGUAUGAUGACCCGGCGGCGGGGCCCCGGAUCUCGUCUCCUCCGCCGCCUCCUCACGGCAGCCCCAGCUCGCGGCUGAGAACCAAACACACCGGCGGUAUGGCAUCACAGCUGCAGGUGUUUUCCCCCCCAUCAGUGUCGUCGAGUGCCUUCUGCAGUGCGAAGAAACUGAAAAUAGAGCCCUCUGGCUGGGAUGUUUCUGGACAGAGCAGCAACGACAAAUAUUAUACCCACAGCAAAACCCUCCCAGCCACCCAAGGGCAAGCCAACUCCUCUCACCAGGUAGCAAAUUUCAACAUCCCUGCUUAUGACCAGGGCCUCCUCCUCCCAGCCCCUGCCGUGGAGCACAUUGUGGUGACAGCUGCUGACAGCUCCGCCAGUGCUGCCCCAUCGACCUUCCAGAGCAGCCAGACCCUGACUCACAGGAGCAACGUUUCUUUGCUUGAGCCAUAUCAAAAAUGUGGACUGAAAAGAAAAAGUGAGGAAGUUGACAGCAACGGUAGCGUGCAAAUCAUAGAAGAACAUCCCCCUCUCAUGCUGCAAAACAGGACUGUGGUGGGUGCUGCUGCCACGACCACCACUGUGACCACAAAGAGUAGCAGUUCCAGCGGGGAAGGGGAUUACCAGCUGGUCCAGCAUGAGAUCCUUUGCUCUAUGACCAACAGCUAUGAAGUCCUGGAGUUCCUGGGCCGGGGAACAUUUGGGCAGGUGGCUAAGUGCUGGAAGCGGAGCACCAAGGAAAUUGUGGCCAUCAAGAUCUUGAAGAACCACCCCUCCUAUGCCAGACAAGGACAGAUUGAAGUGAGCAUCCUUUCCCGCCUAAGCAGUGAAAAUGCCGAUGAGUAUAAUUUCGUGCGUUCUUACGAGUGCUUUCAGCAUAAGAAUCACACCUGCCUCGUGUUUGAGAUGCUGGAGCAGAACUUGUACGAUUUUCUGAAGCAGAACAAGUUUAGCCCACUGCCCCUCAAGUACAUCAGACCAAUCUUGCAGCAGGUGGCCACAGCCCUGAUGAAGCUCAAGAGCCUCGGUCUGAUUCAUGCCGACCUUAAGCCAGAAAACAUCAUGCUGGUCGACCCAGUGCGCCAACCCUACCGAGUGAAGGUCAUUGACUUUGGUUCUGCUAGUCAUGUUUCCAAGGCUGUGUGCUCAACCUACUUACAGUCACGUUACUACAGAGCCCCUGAAAUUAUUCUUGGAUUGCCAUUUUGUGAAGCUAUUGAUAUGUGGUCACUGGGCUGUGUGAUAGCAGAGCUGUUCCUGGGAUGGCCUCUUUAUCCUGGUGCUUCAGAAUAUGAUCAGAUUCGUUAUAUUUCACAAACACAAGGUCUGCCAGCUGAAUACCUCCUCAGUGCCGGGACAAAAACAACUAGGUUUUUCAACAGAGACCCUAAUUUGGGGUACCCACUGUGGAGGCUUAAGACACCUGAAGAACAUGAACUGGAGACUGGAAUCAAAUCAAAAGAAGCUCGAAAGUACAUUUUUAAUUGUUUAGACGACAUGGCUCAGGUGAAUAUGUCCACAGACUUAGAAGGAACAGACAUGUUGGCAGAGAAGGCGGAUCGGAGAGAAUACAUUGACCUGUUAAAAAAAAUGCUAACGAUUGAUGCAGAUAAGAGAAUUACUCCUCUGAAAACUCUUAACCACCAGUUUGUGACCAUGACUCACCUCCUGGACUUCCCACACAGCAAUCAUGUUAAGUCUUGUUUUCAGAACAUGGAGAUCUGCAAGCGGAGGGUUCACAUGUAUGAUACCGUGAGUCAGAUCAAGAGUCCCUUCACUACGCAUGUUGCCCCAAAUACAAGCACAAAUCUAACCAUGAGCUUCAGCAACCAGCUUAACACAGUGCACAAUCAGGCCAGCGUUUUAGCUUCCAGUUCUACUGCAGCAGCCGCUACUCUUUCUCUGGCUAACUCAGAUGUCUCCCUGCUGAACUACCAGUCGGCUUUGUACCCGUCGUCCGCGGCGCCAGUUCCCGGAGUGGCCCAGCAGAGCGUGUCCUUGCAGCCUGGAACCACCCAGAUCUGCACGCAGACAGAUCCAUUCCAGCAAACAUUUAUUGUUUGUCCGCCUGCUUUUCAGACUGGACUGCAAGCCACAACAAAGCAUUCUGGGUUCCCUGUGAGGAUGGAUAACGCUGUGCCCAUCGUCCCCCAGGCACCCGCCGCUCAGCCGCUGCAGAUCCAGUCGGGAGUUCUCACGCAGGGAAGCUGUACACCAUUAAUGGUAGCAACUCUCCACCCUCAAGUAGCCACCAUCACACCGCAGUAUGCGGUGCCCUUUACUCUGAGCUGCGCAGCCGGCCGCCCGGCGCUGGUUGAACAGACUGCUGCUGUACUGCAGGCGUGGCCUGGAGGAACGCAGCAAAUCCUCCUGCCGUCCACUUGGCAGCAGCUGCCGGGGGUGGCGCUGCACAGCUCUGUCCAGCCCGCGGCAGUGAUCCCGGAGGCCAUGGGCAGCGGCCAGCAGCUCGCGGACUGGAGGAACGCGCACUCCCACGGCAGCCAGUACAGCACAGUCAUGCAGCCGCCGUCCUUGCUCACCAGCCACGUGACCCUGGCCACCGCCCAGCCCCUGAACGUUGGCGUCGCCCACGUUGUCAGACAGCAGCAAUCCAGUUCCUUGCCUUCGAAGAAGAAUAAGCAGUCUGCGCCAGGCUCUUCCAAGUCUUCUCUGGAUGUUCUGCCUUCUCAAGUCUAUUCUCUGGUUGGGAGCAGUCCCCUCCGUUCCACAUCUUCCUAUAAUUCCCUAGUCCCUGUCCAAGAUCAGCAUCAGCCAAUCAUCAUUCCAGACACUCCCAGCCCCCCUGUGAGUGUCAUCACUAUCCGCAGUGACACCGAUGAGGAAGAGGACAACAAGUACAAGCCCAGUAGCUCCGGCCUGAAGGCGAGGUCGAAUGUCAUCAGCUACGUCACUGUCAAUGACUCUCCAGACUCUGACUCUUCCUUGAGCAGCCCCUACUCCACGGACCCCCUGAGUGCGCUCCGGGGCAAUAGUGGACCCCUCCUGGAGGGGUCCGGCAGAGGCGGGGGGGACGGCACUGGCACCCGCACCAUCAUCGUGCCUCCGCUGAAGACUCAGCCUGGUGACUGCACUGUAGCAACGCAGGCCUCUGGUCUCCUGAGCAGUAAGACCAAGCCAGUGGCCUCGGUGAGCGGGCAGUCAUCAGGAUGCUGCAUCACCCCCACGGGGUACCGAGCACAGCGCGGCGGGGCCAGCGCAGCACAGCCACUCAACCUUAGCCAGAACCAGCAGUCGUCAUCAGCUCCGGCCUCGCAGGAGAGGAGCAGCAACCCGGCGCCCCGCAGGCAGCAGGCGUUCGUGGCCCCGCUCUCCCAAGCGCCCUACGCCUUCCCGCACGGCAGCCCGCUGCACUCGACAGGGCACCCGCACCUGGCCCCGGCGCCUGCUCACCUGCCAAGCCAGGCUCACCUGUAUACCUACGCCGCCCCCACCUCCGCUGCUGCACUGGGCUCCACCAGCUCCAUCGCUCAUCUCUUCUCCCCCCAGGGCUCCUCAAGGCACGCGGCAGCCUACACUGCCCACCCCGGCGCUCUCGUGCACCAGGUCCCUGUCAGUGUGGGGCCCAGCCUCCUCACCUCUGCCAGUGUGGCCCCUGCUCAGUACCAACACCAGUUUGCCACCCAGUCCUACAUUGGGUCGUCCCGAGGCUCAGCAAUCUACACUGGAUACCCACUGAGCCCCACCAAGAUCAGCCAGUAUUCAUACUUGUAGUCGGGGAGCCCGAGGGCAGGCCCGCGGCGGCCCUCUCCUGGGCCCCAGGCCCCAAGCCCUUCGCCACGGGCUCCGACGGCCCCUCCCUCCCUCUCUGGAAACUCCUUAGCCAGCAACUCGCUCUGCAGGGGCCACUGAAGCAGAAGGUUUUUCUCCGGGAACCUGUCUCAGUGUUGACUGCAUUGUUGUAGUCUCCCAAAGUCCACCCUAUUUUUAAUUCUUUAUUUUUGUGGCAGCGGUUUUGGUGUCGGGAAGAGUUCAGAUGCCCAUCUUCUGCAGUUACCAAGGAAGAAAUCGUUCUGAAGUUAGCCUCUGAAAAAUAUUUGCCCUCUCUGACUUUAUUUCUAGAAAUGCUUUUAAAAACAAGUGAAGCCCCUUUUUAUUUAACUUUGUUUUGUUGUAGUUGCUGUUCAGAGGGAAAAUGCUGAUAGGAGAACUUGAAAUCUGGCAAUAAGUGAGGAAAGAGGAAUCAUUACUUUUUGCUGUUUAAAAACCAGGACUUAAUCGCCUACUUUAAGAGUAGCUCUCACGAGUCCUUGUUUUACUAUCAGGCAUUUCUCCUCAAGAUUUUACUAUUGUUUGUGAGAUAUUUAAACUUACAGUGUUUUAGUUUUGUUGUCAUGUCACAUUACACUUAAAGGUUAGUUGUUAUUUUUGCAAAAUGCGUACCGCUCUGCGUUACUGUGGGGAUUCUCUCCGUUGCUCCUGUGUCUAUUACAAAGUAGUGCUAAAAAGGCAGCUCACCAUUUGCUGGUUACCUUAGUGCGAGAAUCCAUACCUGCCGUGAAAACACAAAACUCUAGGUAUUCUUUUAAAAUGAAGCACUGCGCAUUCUUUUAAAAUUAUUUUUUAAAAAGUCCUCUGAUUCAGCUUAAAUUUUAUUAUGGAAAAGCCAUUAAGGUGGUUGUUAUUGUAUGGUGGUAGUGGUUUUAUUAUAUGCAAAAAUCUCUUUGUAUUAUGUGAUACUGGCAUUAAUGAGCUUUGCCUAAAGAUUAGUAAAGUAUGAAUUUUCAAUAAUACACCUCUCUUUCUCCUCGCCUCAUCUCUCCCUUCUGUUCUCUGUGAUUUAUCUGGGGAGAAAGCUAAAGAAUCUGAAACCAGAUCAUAACAUUGUGUAUAGCUUUUAUACUUUAAAGUAGCUUCCUUUGUAUGCCAGCAGCAAAUUGAAUGCUCUCUUAUUAAGACUUACACAAUAAGUGCAUGUAGGAAUUGCAAAAAAUAUUUUAAAAUUUUAUUACUGAAUUUAAAAAUAUUUUAGAAGUUUUGUAAUGGUGGUGUUUUAAUAUUUUGCAUAAUUAAAUAUGUACAUAUUGAUUAGAAAACUAUAACAAGCAAUUUUUCCUGCUAACCCAAGAUGUUAUUUGUAAUCAAAUGUGUAGUGAUUACACUUGAACUGUGUAUUUAGUGUGUAUCUGAUCCUCCAGUGUUACCCCGGAGAUGGCAUUGGUGUCUCCAUUGUAUUUAAACCAAAAUGAACUGAUAACUUGUUGGAAUGUAUGUGAACUAAUUGCAAUUAUAUCAGAGCAUAUUACUGUAGUGCUGAAUGAGCAGGGGCUUUGCCUGCGAGGAGAGGAGACCCUUGGAAUUGUUUUGCACAGGUGUGUCUGGUGAGGAGUUGUUCAGUGUGUGUCCUUCCUUCCCUCUCUCCUCCUUUCCUUAUUGUAGUGCCUUAUACGAUAAUGUAGUGGUUAUAGAGUUUACAGUGAGCUUGCCUUAGGAUGGACCAGCAAGCCCCCGUGGACCCUAAACUGUUCACUGGGAUUUAUCAGAACAGGAUUAGUAGCUGUGUUGUGUAAAUGCAUUGUUCUCAGUUUCCCUGCCGACAUUGAAAAAUAAAAAUAGCAGCUUUUCUCCUUUUCUGCCACUCUGCCCCCUUUCCAUUUUGGCAUCUCAGCCGAGUUCUCAGAGAGCCGUUCUCCCCGCGUGGCGCUCUCACGGUGCAUUGCUGCCCUGCUUCUGUGAGCAUUCGGGAAGCAGGUGAGAGGAGGCAAGCCAGUAUGGAAUACGCAUUUUUUUCUUUUUCAAAAAAGUAUGUGCAAUCACUUUGAGAAUGAGGGUCCCCCCCCUUUUCCCACGUGGCAGUCUUUCCUGCAAAUAGCUGACAUUCCUAGUAAAAUAUUUGCUAGUCGAAAAAAAAAAAAAACCCAUAACAGAUGUGUUUAUACCAAAGAGCCUGUUGUAUUGCUUACCAUGUCCCCAUACUACGAGGAGUAGUUUCGUGACGCCGCUGGUGGCAGGGAACUCACAGAAGGUUUCUUAGCCGGUGAAGAAUAUUAAGAAGGAACCAAAGCCAGUUGAGUCAUUGGGCUUUUGAGGUUUCUUUUUAACAACUAGUCUGUUCUUGGGGCCCUUCAAACUGUGAAAUUGUCCUUGUACUCUCAGCUCCUGCAUGGAUCUGGGUCAAGUAGAGGGCACUGGGGAUGGGGAUGUUCCUGCCCAUAAAAGAUUUGGGAGAAGAAGGUUAACCCUAAGAUACAGUGUACCAUCUGAAUUGCAAAUGACGAAUUCGAGGGAUAAGUCGGACUGGUUCUUUGUAGAGAUGGUGUCAAGGAGGUGCAGGAGGGAGACGGGAGAUUUCAUGGAGCCUGGUCAGCGAGCUCUGCACCGGGUUGAACACCGAGGAGCUGUCAGGGUAUUUGGAAUUUCUUCAUUGGAAGGAGUAGGGGCUUCCAGGAUGGCGCAGACAGCCAGUACAGCCUCCCAGGAACGCGUCGGUAUUUUCUGUAUAUUCUUAAAUUAUACUGAGUUGUGUUUUUUAGCACUAUGUUGGUCAGGGUACCCAAGCAGUUAGUAUAGUUUCUGUCACUAGUGUUAAGCAGUGUUCUGGUCAGCGUGUGUGAUCUCUGUGUCUCCUUUUUGCCAAGCACAUUCUGGUUUUCUUGCUCAAGGGCAGAUCUAGUUUCUAAUGGAAACAUCUUUUUGUUCCUUAUCUUUCCUCUACAAGGGAUAGGAAUUACUGUUUUUGUAAGAAACUUGAGAUGCAGGGAAAAAAAAAGACACAAAACACUCCACUCCUGUCCCCAGUCCAGUAUACACCAUUUAAGAUGGGGGAGGGCGGGGGACGACAAUACCAAGAUCUUGUAUUGUUACCAUAAUCACCCUACUAGCAUUGUGCGGCUUUAAGGAUUUUAGAGAUUUUCAGUCUUGGUUUAUAAAUUGGCGUUUCAGAUUUACCAAGAUAAAAAUCCGCCUGUGUCUGCUGAAUGUGUAUGUGCUCAGCGUGGCUUUCGAGUCUGUGCCUGGGGCCCGCCGUCUCUGGCCCUGACAGGAUGGGGGAGGCCCCGCGGAUGUCGUGAGCUGCUGGCCUGCGCCCCAGUGGCCUGGCCUCAGACCACAUUAAGGCUUCAAGGCCUCUCAGGAGUUGCCUUUCCAGCCUCUGCCCUUCAGGGUGAGAGAGAAAGUGGGUGAAUGUGAAGAACAGCCACUCCAGGCUCGCCAGGACACUUGAUCACUCCAGAGUUUUUAAUAGCUCCCAAGAGGUGACCCACCGGUCAGUGCUCAGCUAAAUGCCAGCCCCAGGAAGAAGGGCUCCGUCUCAGACAGGGCUGGGCGCCCAUCGUCCUCUCCGAGAGGGGCUACGCUCGGCUGCCCUUAGCCAGGAAAGCACAGUAAUGGGUGUUCUAUUCAGCAUUAUUAUGCAAAAACCCACUGGUUUUGAUGGUCUGUUUUAAGUUAGGAAAUGAAAUUGCCUCUCAGUGGCAGAUAUGGCCCAAGCCUGCUUCCUAUUUUGGUUUUGUUUUUAACUGAUGGAUGGUGCAGCAUGUCUACAUGGUUGUCUGUUGCUAAACUUAUAUAAUGUGUGGUUUUGAUUCAGCUUGAAAAAUAAUCUCACUACAUGUAGCAGUACAUUAUAUGUAAUGUUAGUAUUUCUGCUUUGAAUCCUUGAUAUUGCAAUGGAAUUCCAACUUUAUUAAAUGUAUUUGAUAUGCUAGUUAUUGUGUGCGAUUUAAACUUCUUUUGCUUUUUCCCUUUUCUGGUUGUGCGCUUUCUUUUACAACAAGCCUCUAGAAACAGUUUCUGAGAAUUACUGAGUUAUGUUUGUAAUGCAGAUGUACUUAGGGAGUAUGUAAAAUAAUCAUUUUAACAAAGUAAAUAGAUAUUUAAAAUUUAAUACUAACUACGGGAAAAGGGUCCAUUGUGUAAAACAUAGUUUAUCUUUGGAUUCAAUGUUUGUCUUUGGUUUUACAAAGUAGCUUGUAUUUUCAGUAUUUUCUAUAUAAUAUGGUAAAAUGUAGAGCAAUUGCGAUGCAUCAAUAAAAUGGGUAAAUUUUCUGAUUCAUGUGGCUGCUUUUGACUUUUGUUGUACGGGUACAAGGGAGACCAAUAAAUGGCAUCUUUGGAGUACCUAAAUAUGCUUGAACACUGAUAGGCAAAUCACGUGUUAGAGACAAAGUUGU